UCACACACACAGGGGAGCAGUAGAGAAGUGGUGUCAUCACUAGUUCUUUUGAAGCUUCUGAGACACUGAUGGGAUAAUGAUCACAUCUUCCCUUCAUUGAUUUCAUGUUUCUGUCCUUCUUUGUACAGCUUCACACAAAAAAGCGGAGCAUGCUGCAAGUGCACUGAUGGGUUUCCGUGAUGUGUAAGAAAAGUGGGGGGUUGAGAGACUUACAACUCCUCAUCUAACAGGUGUUUGGGGUUUGGUGGCUACCACCUCGUGUGCUUGAUGACGUUGGCAGUGUGUCUAGCGGUGAAUUGCUACUUUUCCAUGCAGCAUUUAGAGAUGUGUGAGACACCUUCUCACAACUGCACCACACAAACUUCUGAAAAAUGAGCUAACAUUAGAUUAGAUCGGGUGUGUUGAGAGCAAACACUGAGCUGUGUCACUGUAGUUCACUUUGCCAAGCCUGUGCUCAGCUAGCACUCUCGUUUGUUCAUUUCUUUCACUCUUCCGUUUCCUUUUGCCUGACAGGUGCAUUCGACUGCGCAGGGUUUCGCUAUAUCGCGCGUGCGCUCGCUUGUGUGCGUGCGUGCGUGUGUGUGCUUGCGUGCGUGUGUGUGUGUGUGUGUGCUUGCGUGCGUGUGUGUGUGUGUUUAUUAGGUCGUGUUGAAAGCUCGGGCGCUUAAAAACGCUGUCACAAACAGAACAAACUCGGGCAGCUCAGUUCCUCGUGCUGUCAUUCCCUGCACUAAUCUCACUCAGCCUUGCAGUGUUCUGACUCCUGACUCCUGACUCGGCUCUCCACUGACUCUCCUCAUCCUCAUCCUCAUCCUCACGCUCCAUCGAAGAAAGGAGGGAAUCUAUUAAUUUAUCUGCUGACUGAGGAGAGCAAACAGCUGAUGUGUUCAAGUUCCACAGUCAGUUAUGGGAUAAAUGACUGGUAGCUUUUACAACUUGUGAACUUUUAAGUGUCAAGAUGUGUGACGUAGAAACUGAAGAGAAAAAGGUACUCUCAGAGUCCAUCACGGAGAGGGGGACACCACCUACAUGCUGCACUAUGGAAAUGAAGGAGGAGGAUUGCCACGGCAGUAAUUCAGUGGAGGAGAAGCAGAAGACAGAUGCACACCAAGGGCAGCUUAAAAGAAACCAGAAGGCCAAAGGGAAACUAAUCAGGAGUGCAGCUGUGUGUGAUGACGCUUCCUCCACUGAAUCAAGCAGCAAGGGGCCUGAGGGUGAAAGUUCACUGACAGCCAACACUUCAGAGUGCGAAGAAGAGCAACAGGAGAAAUGCAAGGACGGCAACACCAUGAAAAAACCAAGUUUAUCCAAAGAAUCAAGUCUGGAGUACACAGACUCAACAGGCAUUGAUCUGGAAGAGUUUCUGAUUACUACUCUAAAGAGCAGUCCAAGGGACAGAUUGAUGCUGCUGAAACUGGAGCAAGACAUGACUGACUUUAUGACAGACAACUGCUCUUAUAAGAAGUUUCCUCAGAUGUCAUCCUAUCACAGGAUGCUGGUUCACCGAGUUGCGGCGUAUUUUGGACUAGAGCACAACGUGGAUCACAGUGGAAAAGCUGUCAUUAUCAACAAAGCCAGCAACUCCAGGAUACCAGAGCAGCGGUUUGCGGAACAUGUCCAGGAGGAGAGAACCGAAGAAAAAAGGUCAAUACUAAAGAGAGACAACAGCCAGGAGAAAGAGGACAGUCAGCUGAGGGUGCCACGGCUGAAGGAGCAAAUGAGGAGUAAGUCUUUCGAGGAGAGAGAAGAAGAGUAUCAGAAAGUCAGAGAGAGAAUCUUCUCCCAGGAUUCAUCCUUUCCUGCUCAGAGUGUUUACAUUGAGACCAGAGGUCCAGAGGACUGCUGUAAUAUACACAGUGAGACUCAAAGGAGGAGACAGCUCUUUAGGGGUACCAGGGAUGGUUCUGGCAGGCUGUCAGGCAGCAGACAGAGCAGCUUUGAGCUGGAUUGUCACUGGAAUGACCCUCGACCCUGGAGCAGCACUGACUCAGACAGUUCCACUUGGAGCUCCAAACCCACACACUCGCACUCAGACAACAAUCCCAAACUCUGCAUGCCAGUGACAGAGGCAGCAGCCAGUAACAGUUCUGCCUAUGUUCUGGGGCCAGCAGAGUCCUCCAUAUUGCCUGGGACUAUCCUACUCAACCCAAACACAGGACAGCCAUAUUUGAAUCCCGAUGGAACUCCAGCUGUUUACAAUCCACCAGUGAGCCAGCAGCCACUGAGCAAUCAGCUAAACACAAUGCAGCCACAGGCCCCGCCCCCUCCCCAGCCACAGCAGCAACCAGUGAUGAGCCAUGCUCUUCCACAGGUUCAGUACUCCUCUAUGACGUACCUUCCUCCCCAGCAAGUGUUAACAGUCUCUCCCUCACAGUUCCACACCCCAGAGCAGAGUAGGGAGGACUUUUCAUCUCAGUUCAGUCACAUGACAUUAAGUCAUCAGUCUUUAGGUGAAACAUCAGACCUGUCUACCUACUACCUGCAUGGAACUCCGAACACACACGGCUACUCACAACCCCAACAGAAUUAUGCUCCACCCUACCCUGCAGAUAGCUAUAUGAGCUCAGGAAUGACACUGGCUAUGCCUGCAGCCCCACCCACGCAAACCUGUGGCCAACAGAGCAAUCAGGCCCCCAUGUAUAGUUACCCUGGUCAGUGUGCCAACACAUCUCAACAGUACGGACCAGCCAGUUACAACACACAGACAGGUACAGGAUACACUGCUCUCUUAACGAGUCAGCAACAAGCUUACUCAAACAUGGUGGGAGCUCCGGUGUUACCACAAACACAGAAGAGCAUCAUAGGCUCCUACCCUUCCACAUCAUCCUAUCAGAUGGCCCCACCGCUGCAGUCCUACCCCUCUUCAGUGCUGGUCUCCAGGCAGGCUGGGCAGAAUCAGAGUGCAGGGCCUCCAGCUGGAGUGUCGGUUUACUGCAACCCCCUGAACCAUUCUCCACCUCCACCUCUCAGUGUGGGCAUCACCUGUCAAUCAGGCAGCUGCAUAAAUACAUGCAGCAGAACCCAGAACCAGUGUUGGUACUAACACACACACACACACACAAUAGAACCCAGAACCAGUGUUGGUACUAACACACACACACACACACAAUAGAACCCAGAACUAGUGUUGGUACUAACACACACACACACACAAAAUAGAACCCAGAACUAGUGUUGGUACUAACACACACACAAACACACAUACACACAAAUAGAACCCAGAAUCAGUGUUGGUACUAACACACACACACACAUACAUGCACAACAGAACUCAGAACCAGUGUUGGUACUAACACACACACACACACACAAACACACACACACACACACACAAAAAUGUAGCACAGUGUAGGGGAGGGUCUGAGAAUCGUGAUGCAGGAGAACUAUAGCCUUUGCAUUUUACAUGUGAAAUGUGUCUCCCUCUGUCUCUCUUACAAACACACAGAAAUAUAAGAGCCAGAAAGAACCAGUAUGAACCAGAAACACCAGCUACACACUAUGGUGUUUGUUUCAGUGUCAAUCACUCCGUAGCACAACCUACACUCAGAGCAGCGGCACAGUGCGGGCACGUCCAGCUUUUUCUGUUUUUCGCAUGCUGUUUUAUUGGAAAAUUUCUUUUACAUACACUGACGUGUGAAUGAUAUUUUGUGCCAGUUGCGUCAGAACUGCUGUGUUUAUUUGCAUUACGUCUACUACUGCAAUGGAUAAUAAUAAUGUGUGUAUUAAUAUUAUAAUAAAAUAGUUAUUACAUA